GGCCUGGCGCGCCGCCGCGCUGGCUGUCUCGCUCCGCAGCCGGAGCAAGCGCCGCUGCUCCCGCGUCCCCGAACGGCAGCGGGCCCCGCCGCCGGCCCCGCCUGAUGGCGAGGCUGCGGGAUUGCCUACUCCGCCUGACGGUCACGAUCCGGUCCCUGCUCUUCUGGUCCCUGGUCUACUGCUACUGCGGGCUCUGCGCCUCCGUCUACCUGCUCAAACUUUUGUGGAGCAUCGGCAAGGGACCCGCGCAGACCUUCCGGAGGGUCGCCCGGGAACACCCUCCCGCGUGUUUGAACGACCCCUCUUUGGGUACCCACUGCUACGUGCGGAUCAAGGAUUCGGGGUUAAGAUUUCAUUAUGUUGCUGCUGGUGAGAGAGGCAAACCACUUAUGCUGCUGCUUCACGGAUUUCCAGAAUUCUGGUAUUCUUGGCGUCACCAACUAAGGGAAUUUAAAAGUGAAUAUCGAGUUGUAGCACUUGAUCUGAGAGGCUAUGGAGAAACAGAUGCUCCCAUUCAUCGAGAGAAUUAUAAAUUGGACUGUCUAAUUACAGAUGUAAAGGAUAUUUUAGACUCUUUAGGGUAUAGCAAAUGUGUUCUUAUUGGCCAUGACUGGGGGGGAAUGAUUGCUUGGCUAAUUGCCAUCUGUUAUCCCGAAAUGGUGAUGAAGCUUAUCGUUAUUAACUUCCCUCACCCAAAUGUAUUUACAGAAUAUAUUUUACGACACCCUGCCCAGCUGUUCAAAUCCAGCCAUUAUUACUUCUUCCAAAUACCAUGGUUCCCAGAAUUUAUGUUCUCAAUAAAUGAUUUCAAGGCUUUGAAACAUCUGUUUACCAGUCACAGCACUGGCAUUGGAAGAAAAGGAUGUCGAUUAACAACAGAAGAUCUUGAAGCUUAUAUUUAUGUCUUCUCCCAGCCUGGAGCAUUAAGUGGCCCAAUUAACCAUUACCGAAAUAUUUUCAGCUGUCUGCCUCUCAAACAUCAUAUGGUGACCAUUCCAACGCUACUACUGUGGGGAGAGAAAGAUGCAUUUAUGGAGGUUGAGAUGGCUGAAGUCACAAAGAUUUAUGUUAAAAAUUAUUUCAGGCUGACUAUUUUGUCAGAAGUCAGUCAUUGGCUUCAGCAAGAACAACCUGACAUAGUGAACAAACUGAUAUGGACAUUUCUGAAAGAAGAAACAAGAAAAAAAGAUUGACUUUUCUAUAUCUUCUAUGAGGGGUCUGUAAUGAAAUCUCUAAAUAAUUUUUAAUAAUUAUUCAUCAACCUCUUUAAGCUUCAUUAGGAAAAAAUUGUUUUAAUAUGCUUUAUCAUGAAUAUCCUGACAAAUGAUACUGAAAAAAAUCUGAGAAUGUGUGAAAUUGUAAAAUGUUGAUUUUCUUCUGUUGGAUUUUGCACGGAAAAGAAUCUGCCUUAAAAUGUGUAUAUUGAUACAAAAAGGAAGUUGGGGAAAGUGGCUCUGUUUUGAUUUCUUGCAUUCUUUACCCUGUUAACAUCUGGUGCCUUUUACAAAUGUAUAUGGAAGAUUAGCUGCGCCAUAUUUAAAAAGGCAAACCUGCAAUGGUAUAAAUUUUCAUUUUAUUGUUCAAAACUUCUUUUUACUAUUUUUCAACCAUUAAAAAGUUCUAUUGUCAAA